UCCAUAUAUCAUUCGUAAUCAUUUUCUUCAUCUUCCUCCUUCUUCUUCUUCAUCUUCUUCUUCCCAUGAUCGCUUCGCUUCCCAACGCAAUCCUCUUCUUCACCCAUACUCUUUGAUCUCUCCACAUAUUCCCAUGUCUGUCGCUUCUUUUCGCCGUUUAGCCGCCGGAGCAGCCGUAAUUGCUGCUGCUGCUUCCGGUGGCGCCGCUGUCUACCUUUCUCCAUCGGUUGUCUCCAGCGACAGAGGCGGUGGUCCGGUUCUAGAUUCUUUGCGGCGUAUGAUUGGUGAUCCCGCCGCUACCGUACCGUCUCGAUCUGCUCAAGAGUCUGCUCUGAUUGCAGCCAACGCUUCUAAUCCGCUCGAUGUUCUCGUCAUUGGCGGUGGAGCCACCGGUUCUGGUGUCGCUCUCGACGCUGCUACACGUGGUCUCCGUGUUGGUCUUGUAGAGCGCGAGGAUUUCUCCUCCGGUACUUCUUCCCGAUCAACUAAGCUGAUUCAUGGAGGUGUUCGUUACUUGGAGAAAGCUGUUUUCAAUCUUGAUUAUGGACAGCUGAAGCUUGUAUUUCACGCGCUUGAAGAGCGUAAGCAGCUCAUUGAGAAUGCGCCACAUCUCUGUCAUGCUCUGCCCUGUAUGACACCUUGUUUUGACUGGUUCGAAGUUAUCUACUUCUGGAUGGGAUUGAAAAUGUAUGACUUGGUCGCAGGACCACGCUUAUUGCAUUUAUCGAGAUAUUACUCUGCACAAGAGUCUAUUGAGCUCUUCCCUACUCUUGCAAGGAAAGGGAAAGAUAAGAAUUUAAGGGGAACUGUUGUGUAUUACGAUGGGCAAAUGAAUGAUUCACGUCUGAAUGUGGGUUUGGCAUGUACUGCCGCGUUAGCUGGUGCGGCAGUUCUCAACCAUGCCGAGGUUGUCUCGCUUAUUACAGAUGAUGCUACUAAGAGAAUCAUUGGUGCCCGAGUUCGUAACAAUCUCACGGGACAAGAAUUUGACAGCUAUGCAAAAGUAGUUGUCAAUGCGGCUGGACCGUUCUGUGAUUCCAUUAGGAAAAUGGUUGAUGAAGAUACAAAACCAAUGAUAUGUCCAAGCAGCGGUGUACACAUUGUGCUGCCUGAUUACUAUUCUCCAGAAGGGAUGGGCUUGAUAGUCCCUAAAACUAAGGAUGGUCGUGUUGUAUUUAUGUUACCGUGGUUGGGAAGAACAGUAGCAGGUACCACUGACUCUAACACGUCAAUCACUGCACUUCCAGAACCUCAUGAAGAUGAGAUUCAAUUUAUACUGGAUGCAAUCAGCGACUAUCUUAACAUUAAGGUACGACGUACUGAUGUUCUUUCGGCUUGGAGUGGUAUCCGUCCAUUGGCCAUGGAUCCAACGGCCAAGAGCACAGAGAGCAUCUCCAGAGACCAUGUUGUCUUUGAGGAAUCUCCUGGUCUGGUUACAAUCACGGGUGGAAAAUGGACAACUUACCGAAGCAUGGCGGAAGAUGCAGUUGAUGCAGCAAUCAAAUCGGGAAAGCUAAGUCCAACCAAUGAAUGUGUAACGCAGAAACUACAGCUCCUGGGUUCUUAUGGAUGGGAACCAUCUUCCUUCACAACUCUUGCACAGCAAUACGUGCGAAUGAAGAAAACCUACGGUGGUAAAGUGGUUCCUGGAGCAAUGGACACAGCUGCUGCAAAGCAUUUGUCUCAUGCCUAUGGUUCAAUGGCUGACCGAGUUGCCACCAUAGCUCAGGAGGAGGGUUUGGGGAAACGGUUGGCGCACGGGCAUCCGUUUUUGGAA